AUGGAGAUGAUUGACUUGAGAUCGUUCAGGGUGCAGCUGCAGCUGUGCGGGCUCGUCCUCAUCAGCAUCCGCGACAGGUUCUCCAAGGACAGCGACGGCAGGUUCAUCACCGUGCACCACCGCCGCACCUAUCACGGCUCUGCACCCCGACUAUUUCUCCUCCUCAUCGCUGCUGCCGCCCCGCCCGAAGCACACAAAGAGGACCCCGCCCCUCCAAGUUGUCGCUGUCAACCACGGCCCGCCCUACAUAGCGUCGGCUUCAAGGCCGAAAAGAAUCCCUGUCAGAGACAUUCUCCGCGUUGCUACCGGAGUAUCCUCCCAGGCCGGAAAGAAAGGCAUCUCCGGGUUCCAACGGUUGGUAUGAUUUCCAUGAACCGACCAGAGCCAAUCCCGAGAGCGACGCGGGGAGCUACCUUCUCUGGAAUGGAGACUGAGAAGGGAGAGGAGGAGCAGGGCACCACGGACGCUGCCUCACCAACACAUGCAUCACAUCAGCAAGAGGAACACCAGGCAGAAGGAGAGAUUUUUAGUGGCUUUUCAUGGAUGCGGGUGUGA